UCAUGGCCCCGAUCUUAGGAGAGGAAUUCUUAAUCAUGUGGCGUUCAGGAGGGCUACACAUUACGUGCAAAGAAAGCACAAUGAGAGAUGAAGCUCAGACUGUUGGAGAAAGGUCUCUACGCCACCUAAAAAAUAACAAAGAAAUGUUUAAAGUAAACACGAGGAAGAUCAGCUCGCAUGAAGUGAUACUGCAAAUCGUUUUGAAACAAAUUGAAACGAAGCUGCUCCUUGUUCCAAUGCCACUAGACGGUAUUCCUCGAGUUAGGAGAAGAUCGAGAAGCGCUGCAGAAACCAUCAAAGAAUUCCUUCAUGAAAAAAGAGAACACAGAGGAACAAGUGAGAUUGAUUUCGAUGACAUUCUGAAGAAAAUUGCAAGGAAGAUCUACAAAAGCAGUGAUAUUGAUGAUCUAGGAAGUAAACUGGGCUUUGAACCGGAAGAUAUACAACGCUACAUACAGGCAAACACGGGAUCUGCAGAUUACAUGGGCACGCUGAAUAUGCUUCGUGAUUGGAGGAAAAGAACACCUGAAGCAGAAGAACGAGAAUUGUUGAGAAAUGCCCUUAAUGACACCGGGCUUAAUCGCCUGGCAGACGAGUUAUUCAGUGAGAACACAGAAGGACAUCGGGGAUAUAGGAGGGGCAGUUAUGUUCCCCCUUAUUCAAGUUCUGUGUAUGUUGGGUUUUGGGGAUUUGUCAGUUUGCUUUUUGUUUUUUGGUUUUUCUUUGUUUUUAACUUUGAUGAGCGGUAUUAAUUAAACAAACUUAUGUUUGUUUUUGUAUGGAAUAUUUCAUGUUAAAAUAUUCAAAAACUUCUAAAUGAAGGGGAAGGCCUACUCCUGACUAAAUUCUAUUUGAUUUGAACAGAUUCAGGAAUCUCAGUCAAGUAUACACAACAAAAAAAGUAAGUCCCCCCUAAAUCAAAUUGCUGUAACUUUUGAACGGAGUAAUUUUGAGAUAUGAUAUUUCGUAGGUGGUUUUCUACACUCAUUAAGCAACUCCUGGGGGAAAAUGAGAUUGAUCGGUUGAGUCAUGCAUGAGUAAUUAAAGAUUGAAUUAAAAAUGACCAUUUUUGAAAGUCACAAGAGUCGUUUUUCAGAUUAUGCAAAUACAAAGUCGGGCAAAAGUUGUUUUUUGGUGAAUUUUAUGGUGUUAUGCUGUUUUACUAUCCAUCAUUUAGCCACUCCACACACAAUUUUGAUAUCGUGUGUUCAUGGUUGAGUGAACACAAUAUCGCAGGGGCCGUGAAAGCGGGGUGGGGGUCCACUUUUUUCCAAAAAUCAUGUACAAAAAUUAAAAAAUUACCAUACGAAUGUGAUUUUUUGCAUGGUCAGCCCCCCCACUUUUGGCUCAGCCCCUCCCCCACACUUUGAAAACCGUUCCGCGGCCCCUGUAUUGUGACGUAUCAUCAUAGGGCUUUUGGUAGUAUCCUCUACAACUUGUAAGGUCAUAUUAAAAUUUGAAAAUGUUGGUGCCCCCCCCCCCGAUUAUAGGCCCCUCCCCCAACUUUAAAUUCUGGAUCCACCACUGAUUUGUCCAUGAAUUAAACUGAUCAUGAUAAAUUGUUAGGAAAAGAAUACAUUUAUGCAGUAUAAAGAGUAUAUUCCUAAGUUUUCGAAUGUGCUCACUCAACCAUGAAAAUGUUAAAAGUUCGGAAAGUGUGUGGUGAUAGAAAUGAUGGAUGAUAAAAACAAGAGCAAUCAAAGUCACAUUUGAAACCGAAUUUGCCCCCAAUAUUCACCUUAUUACCCUUUAAAAUGAGUCUGUGACAUUGAAAAUACAAAUUUUCCCACUUUGAUGCGUGCUCACUCAUCCGUAAAUAAACAAAUCGAUUUCAUUUUUGCACAGAAUUCUGCCCAUAGGUUGAUAAACAUUACUGCCAAAUGACAUGGCUAAAGACAGUCUUGAAAAAAAGUUCCACCAUAUUGAAUAAGGGGUUACUUAUUCUUAAAAAUAUGCACCCAUAAUGUACACAAGUCUAUGAUAGAGGAACUCAAAAUUCUAACAAAUAUGAAAUAAGGGGUUUGUUUCAUGGACGGUUUUGUUACUUCUGCCAACAAUUAUUUCAUGAAACUUCGCACAUGGCUUCAGAGUAACACUAUCCAAAAGGCGCGCACACCAAAAUAACAAUUCGAUACGGCACAGAGUGGGGCCAAGGCCUUGAACUUUCUUCUCAUUUGCAUAAUUUUCGAUUAUUGUGUGCUCACUGAUGCAUUAAACAUCGGGAUUUUCAUACAAAUCAAAUCAAAUGAACCAUGCAAGGAGGUUUGUGACAGAUAUCCCUAGUUACCAAUUUCAUUUUUUCCAAUAACGUAAAAAAGAGCUAAACACAUUUCACAUGUUCAUUCAAGCGUGAAUGUUUAAUUAAACGCAUUUGAAUCAUUGAAGCAUGUUAAUUGGUCAUGAACAUAACGAAAAAGUUGAUCAAAGAUCAGUUUCAGUUACCAAAAUGAAACAAUACUUGCCUAUGAUAUUUGAAAAUCGUAUUUUUUGUUUUCAAUGAAUGUUCAUUGAACCGUGAAAUGAUGAAUAUUGUUGAAGAUACUCUUCCCCAAAAUAACUGUCAUCAUAUUCUAUCAUUUUAUUGAUGGAAAUGUGUAAAAAAUCCAAUUACAGCAAAUUUGGACUUGUGUUUAUCCAACCGUGAAAUUUAGCCAAAAAAAUUGUAUCGUCUUUUAGAAAGUAUCUUUUACAAGCCUUCUGACUAUUUUUCAUGAUGAGAAUGUGGAAUCAGUUCCAAUAAAAUGGAAUCCAAUUCAUGAUUUUUGGCUCGUGACUUUUGAAAAGUGACAUUUUUGCCUUCUGACGGUGCUCACUGAAGCAUUAAGUAAAAUACGUCCAUAACAUUUACUCAGAGGGUAGCUUAUAAAAUUACCUUCACGCUCAUGUAAAAAUAUAUCAAAAACUCGCAUUGGUUCGGAAAUUAUUGAUGUUUGUUCAAGGGGGGACUUACUUUUUUUGUUGUGUAUAGAAUACUGAAUUUUUAUCAACUAAAUCGGGCAAAGAAUAAUAGAUUUAUGACAUUCUACAACCAAUCUUACUCAAGCAGCAAGGGUCAAAGUUUUUACUGUUCAUUGUCCGCAUUGUUGCAUGUUACAUGUAUGAUGUAUGAAAAUAUGACAUAAUUGUGAUUUUAUGUAGUAACAUAUUAAAGGAAAAGGAAAGUAGUGACAUGACAUCAUAAACCCAUCCAAUGAAUGUUCAUGACGGCGUGCAUAUUUUAACUAUUUUACAUAACACUGAUAAAAUUUGAAAUUAAUUAAGGAGAAGUUCGCCCUGACGAAAAUAAAACUUAAUAAAAUAAAAAUAUUGUUAUCGAAUUAUUCCACUGCAUGAUAAACCCCAAUCAAUUAUUUAUUUUUUUAUGUAGAUUUUUUUUCUUUUCUUACUCAAUUAAUUUGUCUGAUUUUUUUAUGCAGUAUACCAUGGAUCAGCAUAGGCAGGCCAGUGGCUUAAUGCUGAUCCCCUCAUCCGCUGCUAUAUAAUAUAAUUCAACUCUUAUUUGUUCACUUUAUAUAAUUGAUGUCUUAUGUAUUUUUCUUCUUUGUCUGUUUUUUUUUCAGCCAAACCUUUUUACAUGAUCUAUUUGUAUUUGUAUGAAGAUAUUUAUAAAUUGUAUCUGCUAUUCAAAUGUUUUAUUUAUGAGAGAUGUGAAACCGAAAUGUAAACUGAAACUAAAUACAGUUAAAGAGAAAUGCCUGUAGUUGCAGUAAACACUGAUUUCAUGAGAAAGUCUGUAAAACCAGGCUUAAUUGUCAGUAUAUCAUCGAGGAUCUAGAUCUGGUACAGUUACAUAAACUGAACUUCGUUACAUCUUGAAAUCUACGCUGCAAAAUGUUCAGACUGAAGAUCAACAACACAGAUAGGCACACGUGGGACAGUGUAUUAUUAUUGCUGGAAUAAAGACCCGACGGAAGUGACUGAAUCCGCGCUUAUUUUGCUUAUUUCUCAGCAAUUACACAAUUUCUUCCAGAAUCUUUUGGCACAUAUUUUGUAUUCAUACAAACCGACACUUGGGUGGUCAUUAUAUUAAAUUCUGUAAAAAGUCAUUUUGAGAUCGUUACCAAAACUGGAAUUUAUCUUUAAGCUACAAGCAUUUGAAUACUCUUUUUUCAGUGUAUCACAGAUGUGUUAUUUGACGUAUUUGGUAUUAUAUUUGAAAUGUUAUUCCACCGUAUACGAGGUUAAACCAUAUAUUGAUAUCAAACAUUGACUGUAUUCCUAUUUGCAACCUUUACUACCAUUUCACCUGUUCCAUUCUAUAUUUAUUCAUUUAUUUAUUCAUGUAUAAUAUAAGUAAAAACGUAUUAGGUUAUGUCAUCGCAUAAUGAGGGCAAGGUUGAUCAAUAUUGAGAUAUUUUAAUCUUUAAAGAUAUAGAUUUAUUUUGUGUGUGUAAUUAACAACUAACCAAAUGAAGUGCUUAUUUUGAAAAUUAAGCCAAGUUGGUAUUUGCAUUUACUGCUUUAUAACCCCGUUCAGACGAUAUUUCCUAGUAGGAGUAGUUUUUUACCCGAAGAUAUUUAUCUUUCGAAAAAAGUUACUCUAACCUUCCUCCGACCAAGAUACUCCUAAACCUCUCCAAGUGUAUCUUGAUCAACGGAAGGUCGGAAUAACUCUGUCUAGACGGGCAUAACUCCGGCUUCCCCCGACUGGGCUUCCUCCGACCAAAACAAAAAAUAAAAUAUCUUUGUAAUGCAAGAUAUAUAUUUUUUUUAACUCAAAAUAGGAUCUCACGUCUGAACAAGGUUUUAUGUCUUAUAGUUGAGGAGGUUAUACAUAUUUUUUAAAAAUCAUGAUUACAUUGUCAUUAUUAUGAAAUAACAGUGAAAUGAUGAAGUUGUAUGUGUGAAUACAAUUUAAAAAUACAUAUUUUUAGCAGCUCGUAUGUGAAACGUAAGAAGAUUGUGUUUAGCCUUAGGCUAUAAUUAGUCAAAAUUUGACGAAAAUUUCGAAACAUCGUGUAUAUGCCAUGUAAGAUUAUCUCACUUCAAAUACAAUGAAUAAAUGCCACAAAAAGUAGAUUUGAACUACAUAUUGAUGUCCAAGACAUUGGCGUUUCCCUAAUGUCGCAUGUUAACUCAUUAUUUGUCUUUUCAUGGGUAGUUAAAGUAUAAAGAACCAACUAUGGGACCCUAAUAUAUGGUAAGGCGUAUGAAGGCCUAUAUAAAAAGUCAUAUAUUGUACCGCAGUGUAAACUAAGAUUGCAACGAAAGCAAGAACUGUUAUUAGCUUUCUGUAAUGUGGAUAUUGCAGUUAUAUCCCUGAAUUUUCUGGUGUAAAUAUAUAAAAAGUGUAUGUGUAUAUAUAUAUGGUAAUAUGGAAAUAUAUGUAUAAAUAAUAAAAAAAGAAAAUUUAACGCAUUAUAUAGGCCUAUUGUUUGACGUAACUAUUUGAAAGUUGAGGAAGUUAGUCAUGAUAUUGAUAUCAUUACCUUGAAAUUAUGCAUAAAUUCCAUUAAAGUAAGGAGAGUUGAGGUGGUUGGUCAUAAUUUGAUAUCAUUACCUUGAAAUUGUGGAUAAAUUUUUUCUGUUUCUGUUUGUGGUAACUCUUUACGUCUAGGUUAAUCAGUCAUAGUGGCUGACGUAAUAGACGACAGAUAUCACUCUUGGGCCUUUUUAUCAAAGUGGAGACAAUGGCAGAAUUGGGAUUUGAACUCACAACCUUGCGAUUAUGAGUCCAAUGCUCUAACCACUGGACCAGUUGAGGUGGUUGGUCAUAAUAUUGAUAUCAUUACCUUUGAUUCCAGUGAAAUAAUGAAGUUGUUAGGGGUAUAUCGAAACUUGUAUAAUAAUGUAGAUAUAUUUUCCAAUUAAAACAAUUGCAAGGUAUGUUAAAAUGUAUAUAACAUGUAAAACGUAGACAAGUACCAGUAGUACAAAUUAGGAAUUUUCUAAUUGCAAGUAUGUUAUUUGACGUAUAUUAUAUCGUGCGUGAUUGUCACCAUAGAAAUUAAUAUUAAUGAGAUAAAAUUUGAAACAAAUAUCUAGAAUAUUGAUACCAGAAAUAAUGGAUAGAUCACAAUGAUACCAUGUCAUUUUCUCUUCCAUUUGGGAAUAAUACUAAUAAUAAUGGUAAUAAUAACAAUGAUAAUUGUACUUAUUGCGAAAUUUUCUUUGUCUAUACUCAACUGCGCAUUAUAAUACUAAAGAGGUGAAAUGGUAAUAAGAUAAGUAGCCAAUAAGUACAAUUAAGUUAUACGGGAAAAAUGGAAGCCUACUGUUUCUUCAAAUUAUGUAACAAAAACGUGCUAUUACGUAAUUUUAUCAUAAACGUAAUUUAUUCAAACUUUCUUUAAAAGGUAGUUUUUUAGUUGAGUUUUGAACAAUGUAUGAUGCAUUCUUAUUGAGGAAGGGAGACUAUUCAAGAGUGUGGGUGCAGCACCAACAUAGACACGAUCACCAGCAUGUAGUUUAAUAUUUUGAUGAAAUAAUAUUGAGGCAAUGAAAAGAUGAAUAUACAUUAUGGCUAUUGAAUGUAGAUUAUCGAAGACGCAAUGUUUUGAAAAUGUUUUGUUUGCAUUACUAGUAAAUUAGCUUACAAAGAACAUACUGUAUACACAGUCAUUUAUGUCAAAUCUGUAAUCUAUAUGAAAUUCCUUUCUCGUAUUUUAUAUUCAGAAAAUUGUGUGUGUAUGCUUAUGCUGCAAAUAUUCGAAAUAUAGUAUUUCCAAUAUAUUGCAGCUGACUAUGUUCUUGUAUCAAUAAUUAUGUACGUCGAGUAAUGUACCAUCAUUGAUAAAGCAGUAAACCAAAUUAUUAUAACUUCUGAAGGUUUCCAUGGCGAAGAAGAAUAGUGUAGUAGGUUUCACGGUACACCAUGUAUCUUUCUUGGGCAGAUGUUGGUCCUGAAAA